AUGUCUUACGCAGAAGCUGCGGCCAAAGGCCCUAAGCAAACACCAGAGGAGGCUCUGAUUCGCGCCCCUAACCCACCACGAACCUAUCUGAGUGAAACAGCGGAGAGCACGGCCUCCCUAGUUGACGUCGACUCCCCGCAUGUGGUUUCAGUGGACUCGGAUUUCCUCAGCCAAGAAGUGAAGACCACUACUCAGGCUGAUCGCUUAGAAAGAGAGGCACAGGAGAAAGAAGAGCGGAAAGAGCGGGAAAAGGCGCAGAAGGCGGAAGCGAAGGCGGCGCGCGCCGGCCAUGUCGCCAAGCGUAACCCUGUCUUCCUCGGAAAUGCCGUGCUGUACGCGCUGGUUGGUGCUGCGCUCGGAUAUGGCGCAUACAGGAAGCAUGCCGAAGGCAAGCUGUCGUGGAAGCUUGUUGGUACAUGGUCUGGUAUCGUCGGAGCCUUCAGUACGGUGGAUUACUUUGUCAGCAAAACUCCCUUUUCAAUUCAGCACUCAAGCAGUCUUCUGCUAUCCGCCGCGAUCUGGACACAUUCUCUCAGUCGCCCGCAACAACAUCUGCAGCUUUACAAGGUACGGCUCGAGGAUAUGCGCUCCCAUGUCAGAUUGGGCCAGAUUGCAGCUUCCUUGGCGUUGCUAUCACGGACCAUUGAUGACUAUUCCGCCUUGUCCAAGAAGGAACUGAUACCUGAGAAGCAAGAAAAGGCAUUUGAAAGAGUCAAAAAUUUUCGCGCGGAGCUUGCGGAUUACAGGACACACUUUGAUCAACUUCGAAAGGAGCGGGAGGAAGCUCAAUCGGUGACAAAUCGCCACGAGCUUCUUGGCCGACGACCACACCACGCUGCGACUCCCGAAAACCCCUACGCCCAAUCUUCCCUCCCGCAAUCUUCGCCUUUUGCAAACGCCUCGUCAUCCCGCUCAGGUCUCAGCUUUGGAGCUUCACCGGCGGAUUACAACAGGGAGACGCAUGCGCUCCGAGAGCAGUCCUUCUUUGCCAACACGAACUCGCAACUUGAUGAAUUUCUCGAUCGAGGCCGCGCUGUUCUGGCAGACCUUGGGCAGCAACGCGAGGUGCUGAAAGGCACGCAGCGCCGACUGUACAGUGUUGCGAAUACCCUGGGUGUAAGUGGUGACACGAUUCGAAAGGUCGAACGAAGAGCAAAGCAGGACAAGUGGAUAUUUUGGGGUGGUAUUCUCAUCUUCUUCCUCUUUUGCUGGUUGGUUUUACACUUUUUGAGGUGA